CAGACAUGAUCAGCAAAGACUGUGUCAGAGUGGCGGCCAGAGUCCGACCCUUUAACAAGAGGGAGAAGGAUGCUGGCAGCCGCUGCGUCGUCUCCAUGGUUUCCAGCUCUAUCACCAUCCAGGACCCGCGUGACCCUCAGAACCGCCGCUCGUUCUGCUUCGACUUUGCCUACUGGUCCCACAGCGGCUUUUUUCAGGAUCGCAGCGGCCUGUUUGUGCCCGAGGAGGCCGACGGACGCUACGCUGACCAGGACAGUGUUUUCCAGGACCUGGGAGAAGGAAUACUUGAAAAUGCACUACAGGGUUAUAAUGCUACUCUGUUGGCCUAUGGACAGACUGGCUCUGGGAAGAGUUACUCGAUGGUGGGCUAUGGCCCGAACAAAGGCCUGGUCCCAAAACUCUGUGACCGACUCUUUGAGGCCAUUCGAGGAAACCAGGAAACCAGACAGUGUCAGGUGUUUUUCAGUAUGAUGGAAAUCUAUAAUGAACAGGUGAUCGACCUGCUGUCUCAGGGGUCUCGUACUUCAGGCGGGCUCCGAAUCCGUGAGGAGCAGCAAAGAGGUUUCUAUGUGGAGGGUCUGCGUACAGUCCCAUGUGACAGCGCACAACAGGUGGAGCAGUUAAUGGAACAAGGAACCAGGACUCGAACCACAGCUGCCACUCACAUGAACGCCAACAGCAGUCGCUCGCACAUGCUGAUCAUUCUACAGCUCAAACAGAUCUUUUCCAAAGAGAACAUCACAAAACAGUCCAACAUUAAUCUCGUGGACCUGGCCGGCAGCGAGCGUCAACGGUCGUGUGGCUCUGAGGCGGAUCGACUCAAAGAGGGCACAGCCAUCAACCUGAGCCUCACCACGCUGGGAAACGUCAUUAGUGCUCUGGCUGACGUGGCAGUCGGGAGGAAGGUCAUCCAUAUUCCCUACAGAGACUCGGUUCUCACAAAGCUGCUGCAGUCUGCACUGGGGGGCAACAGUCGCACCGUCAUGAUUGCCACGCUGAGUCCCGCCGAUAUCUGCUACGAGGAGUCACUUUCAACGCUGCGCUAUGCUGAGAGGGCAAAGCGUAUCCAGAACCGGCCAGUGGUGAACGAGAGCCCCACCGAGCGCCUGGUCAAAGAGCUGAAGGCUGAGAACGCCAGACUGCUGCAACGACUGAGUCGCCUCGGUCAGGAGGGACGAAGAGCCAACGACGAGACCAAGGAGCUCCGACAGCUGCUGACCAACAACGAACUCCAGAUCAGAGCCAUUCAGACUCUGUGGGAACAACACCUGCAGGAGGCGCUGCGAGACUGGGAGCAGCAGUACGCUAACAUCACACAGGAGAGGAGGAUGAUGCAGAUGCAUCCCUACAUCCUCAACAUCAACGAGGACGCUCAGCUGUCUGGUGUGGUCAAGCUUUUCAUCCGGGAGGGUGAAUGGGACAUCGGCCUGUGUGACUCCUCACCAAGAUCCAUCGCUAUCAAGGGCCUAGGGAUCCAGGAGCGUCAUGCCGUUUUCAGAAAUGAACAGCGCCGAGUCACACUGACCCCACACCCAGGGUCAAGGGUUAUUGUCAAUGGACAAGCUGUUUCCCAGACAGCUGAGCUGCAGCACCUGGAUCGUCUCAUUCUAGGAUCUAACUGCACCUACCUGUUCAUUGGUUUUCCCUCAGAGAGGGGCGGGGACGAGUGGAGUCGCUAUGACUAUGACUAUUUUCAGUCUGAGGUGGCGGCUGCCGAAGGCAUCCACCUGGGUGAGUCCAGUGUGACCGGCUGCAGUCAGACAGACCCCAGUCUCCUGGCUGUUUUCUACGACUACAUUAAACUGAUGCCAAUGGUGGCUGAAGCCAAUCAGAUGAGUCAGGAGCUGAACAAGGGGGUGGAUUUUAAGUUGGAGAUCAAGAAUUUGGCACUGUCCGAUUCAAAAGGCCACGAUCUGGAGAAAGAAAUUGUGGUCAGAGUCACCUCAGUUGGGAAAAAACAGGUGUGGAUAUGGUCCAAGGCCAAGUUUGUGAACCGUAAAUUCCUGAUGGAAGAUGUUUACCAGCAACAUCAGGCUGAGCAGAGAGAAACCCCUACAGUAGAGGGACUGACGUCAGCUGCAUUACCCAGAGAUAAAGACCCAUUCUGGGAUCCAGUGGAGCCUCUGCUCCUUGGUACUGCUCACCUGUGGCUACAGUCUUUGGCCUUCCGCAUCCCACUGGAGGAGCAACUGGAGGUGCUGGGGUCAGAGGGCACAGAGGAGGCCAUUCUUCAAGCACAGCUGGUUCCCUGCAACUCCACUGGACUCCCACUCGGUGAGGACGACAUCCUGAUCGACCCAUCUGAGUUACUGGGACGGCGGCUGGACUUUCAGCUUGUUCUGGAACAGUGUUGUGGUCUGCGCUGGAUCAGAGAGGCCCGAAACAGAGGGGUUCAGAUUGGUUUCAGUUUGUUUGACUGUAGCCAGCCCCUCUACACUCCAGCUGUGUGGCACAACGUCAACCCUCUCCUGGAUCACAGAGUUCACUUUGCGUCAAUCAACACGUCCCAGCGUCUGCUCGACUACCUGCAGAGCAGUGCUGUGGUGCUGGAGCUGUGGGGUCUUCAAGAUGGUUGUACAGACUUGGCAUCAUCUCUGGAGAGAGUGAGGAUGACCACAGAGGGCGUGUUUAUCAUCGAUGACGCAGACCCGACAAGUGCCGCAGGUGUAAAUUCUCCAGAGCUCAGCUGUGCAGUACGAGCUCUUCAACAGGACGUGGAAGAAUUAAAGAGUGUUAAUGCGUCACUGAGGAAGGAAAAUCACAGUCUGAGAGAACAACUCAAUACAGCCAGGAACGGUGGUGAUGUAGGGCGUGGUCGCUCGCUGCGUCCCAGCUGCGACGCAGAAUUUGCUCGCGCUCUCAAGGUUUUCUACCACAGUAUGACCUCAGUCAGAGCUCAGCUGCAGCGCCUGCGCAGACACAGGCCCAGUGAGGACUCUGACCUGCUGGGACUCAGACUGUUCACAGACGAGCAGAGUCGUCUGCUGAGGGACUUUUCAGAGCAGCUGGAGCAGAGCGUCUGCGCGCUCAAACAAGACGUUGCCGCCAUUGUCCGGCGGAAACGGGAACGAUCGGGAAUCUGGUCCUGAUCCGAGUCACGGCCCCUCUGGUAUGAGGAUAGUGGCACAUCACUGUGUAACUGUAGUGUGUUUUAUAUAAUGUGGUUGCUGAACUAAAAUUUUAUAGAAUAGAGUAGAAUAUAAUCUUAUUCAUAUCUUUGUCAUUGCACAUUCACAUUAGUGCCACAUCUGCUUAUAUAUAGAAAGUUAGAAAAAAAACGUAGUAGACAUUUCACAUUCUACAUUUGUUUUUCAUUGCUUUAAGUAUGUUUAUAACUUUCUGGUUAUGUUAUGAUAUUUGCAAGGUUUUCAUCUGUACCUUCACAAUGCCGUAAUAAACUAAACCAAUCAUUUUAUUCAGACCACAUGGAAUAAUUAGCCUGUGUCUGAGAAAAACAGUGAUAGUUCCACCACAAUGACUGAAUGAAGACGUGGCUCUGACGAGAGCGCUCUUCCACACUUACAGUCCCUAGCUUUAAAGGAAAGGAAAAUGUAAAGGUUUAAAUACGAUGUUAUUUACGGCGGGCAAUAUUUAUUUUGUCUUAGCAAUUCACCCAUCAAAAUGAAUGCAAAAAUCACAACAGCAAUGAAAGUCUAUAAAAUGUUUAUUAGACUGCAUGAGACACGGGUCAUUACAGUCCCAAAAUGCAAAUAAAUUAAAAGCCAAAGUACAACUCCAGUUUCAGAAUUCAGAAAAGGUACUGCACAUCAUGACAACAUCAUCAGAAUUAACAAGUCAAGUCAUGUCUGGUUGAAUGACAUGUAAGACAUGUAAGUAAACAAAAAAAAUAGGAUUUAGUAUCACUCUCU